CGACAAAGCUCCCACUGUCAAAGUCCGUCACAGCCCUUUUUACUAUAAAUAGCAAACCCUAGUUUGCUUCUUUUUAUAAAUUUUUUGAGGGGGAGUGGGGGGAUCAAUUAGGGUUUUCUUUCUAUUAAAUUUGUGAGGGGAAAAUGGUGAGAGGCAAAGUUGAGAUGAAGAAGAUCGAGAACAAGAUCAACAGGCAAGUGACUCUUGCCAAGAGGAGGAAGGGAUUGUUCAAGAAAGCCUAUGAGCUCUCGGUGCUCUGCGAUGCUGAGGUGGCGGUUAUCGUGUUCUCGAAUCGAGGAAGGCUUUCAGAGUUUUGCAGCAGCUCGAGCAUGUUAAAAACGAUUGAAAAGUAUGAGAAAAACAGCAACGCGGCACCGGAUAAUACUGUACAAAUUAAGGAAACUCAGUUAAUGCAGAGUCAUCAACAGUACUUGCAACUCAAAGGGCGCGUUGAAGACCUGCAACGCUGGCAAAGGAAUAUACUUGGUGAGGAUCUGGGGUCACUGAGCUGCAAGGAUCUUGAUCAGCUUGAAAAACAGCUCGAUACCACAUUGAAGCAUAUUAGAUCUACACGAACCCAGAUUACGAUUGAUCAGCUCUCUGACCUCCAAAGGAAGGAAAAAAUGUUAAGUGAGGCUAACAAGGACCUUUGGUGUAAGAGGGAAGAAGGUAAACACGCGACUCAUCAAGUUUGGGCAACCGGAGCAAAUGUGCAAUCACAAGGGCAUGAAUUCUUCCAAGCCCUUCAACUGCAACCCACCCUAGAAAUUGGGUUUGAGUCUGAUCAAAUCGCUGGCCCAAGCGCGAGCACUUACCUGCCACCCAGGUGGCUUGCAAGAGACAGGCUUGACUUUUGCUCUCCUUCACCAGAAAAUGAAAUAGGGGAAGUGAGAUACAUGCUUUAGUCAUUAUGCAUGAAUGAUUUUGUGAUUUUGCUGAAUGUAAAGUGCCUAUAAUUAACUUUGUGCACUGAAGAAAACAACUCCUUUUGUACCUUGCUCCUAUAGGUGUUCUAUAGGUUUUGAAAUCCUUGUAAUGCCUGCGGGGAUUAUAUUU